AACGACCCGAUCAUUUAUCCAGUGGAAUAUUCAACGAAACGAGCAUUCAUAAAUUUAUUUUCCAUUUAAAAUCGAAACUUUUGCUGUCCCUGAAUUUUUUUGAUUCGUUAUGUCUCAACGAAAAGUGCAGGUGAAAGGGUAAAAAUUUUUAAAGGGACUAUUUUUCUUAGUUUCGACCGCCAUUUACAUCUUCCUCAUCAGAUUCCCUUGUGGAUUCUCUGAGCGACGCCUUCGUCACGUCUAUCACACCCCAAUUAUUCAAUAUUUGACAUAAACAAGUGAUUAUUACCUCAUAACUCACUGUCACCGAAACCAUAAAGUCAUGUCAUUCCGAGACAGAGACCGUAACGAUCGUCCUCGUGGUGGUGGUAAUCGUAACUCAGGACCAUCGGGACCUCGUUAUGGAAAUCGUGACCAAAACUCUCGUUUCUCGAACAACCGGGACAACUCGUCCUUCAACAGUAAUUCAUUCAAGAAUCGCCAGCCAGGAGAGCGCCUCCGUAAGCCUCGAUGGGAUAUGAAUAGUCUUCAGCCAUUUACAAAGGAUUUCUACCGGCCCCAUCCAAAUGUCGUGGGAAGAAGUCCACAUGCAGUCGAGGCGUAUCGAUCAGCCAAGGAGAUCACAGUAAAGGGUACAACAGUACCAAAUCCAAACAUCUACUUCGAGGAGGGAGGCUUCCCUGAUUAUGUCCUGACGGAAAUCAGAAGACAGGGUUUUGGUGAACCAACAGCUAUUCAAGCCCAGGGCUGGCCAAUAGCCCUGUCUGGUCGGGAUAUGGUGGGAAUAGCUCAGACUGGGUCAGGAAAGACUCUUGCCUACAUUCUUCCAGCAAUAGUCCACAUAAACAAUCAACCGAGACUCAACAGGGGUGAUGGACCCAUUGCUCUGGUUCUGGCACCAACUAGAGAGCUUGCUCAACAGAUUCAGCAAGUUGCUGCUGAUUUUGGUGUCUCCUCCCAGGUGAGGAACACCUGCAUCUUCGGGGGAGCACCCAAGGGGCCACAGGCCAGGGAUCUCGAGAGAGGCGUUGAAAUUUGCAUCGCAACUCCUGGACGUCUCAUUGAUUUUCUUGAGAGGGGUACCACCAACCUCAGGAGGUGCACAUACCUUGUUCUUGAUGAGGCUGACAGAAUGCUGGAUAUGGGAUUCGAGCCCCAGAUACGGAAAAUCGUUGAGCAGAUCAGACCUGAUAGGCAAACCCUCAUGUGGUCAGCAACCUGGCCCAAGGAGGUCAGAAAUCUCGCUGAGGAAUUUCUCACCAAUUAUAUUCAGAUCAAUGUUGGAUCUCUUCAGCUUGCUGCUAAUCACAACAUCCUGCAGAUUGUUGAUGUCUGCGAGGAGUACGAGAAGGAGGGAAAAUUGAUGAAACUCUUGGAGGAAAUAUCCAAUGAGCCUGAGAACAAGACUAUCAUCUUUGUCGAGACCAAGAGGAAGGUCGAUGAUAUCACCAGGGCUAUCAAUCGAUAUGGGUGGCAGGCUAUCGGCAUUCAUGGAGAUAAAAGCCAGCAGGAGAGGGAUUAUGUCCUUAAUCAAUUUCGAAGCAGCAUAUCUGCCAUUCUAGUGGCAACAGACGUAGCUGCACGUGGGUUAGAUGUGGAGGAUGUCAAGUUUGUGAUUAAUCUGGACUAUCCAUCCAACUCGGAAGACUACGUACAUCGUAUUGGACGUACUGGUCGUUCACAGCGAACGGGAACGGCUUAUGCUUUUUUCACACCUGGUAAUGCACAUAAGGCCAAUGAUUUGAUACAAGUGCUGGAGGAGGCCAAACAGGUGGUCAAUCCGAAGCUCUAUGAAUUGUCGAGGAAUCCGGGGGUUUUCAAGAGGGGACGUUUUGGGGGGAGAAGUAAUGGAAGUGGUCCCAGGAACAAUAGUGGACGUGGAGGAGGUCCACGAGGUGGUGGAUCUCGUGGGGGACGAGACUCUGGUGACAGGGGACGUUAUGAUCGUCCUGGAGGAAAUGACAGAGGUGGAAAAUGGGGAAGUAAUAAUGGACCUGGCGGAAUGGGUGGAAACAACUACAGUAAACCCUUCUCCCAGAGCAAUUUCAGUGGCAGCAAUCCUAGCAGCAACAGUUACAAUCAGAAUGGAAAUUCUUACAGCAAUACUGGAUCAUACAAUCGAAAUGGUUAUUGACCCACUAGGAUGUGAAUGCGCCAGACGAACUGAAUAAUCCACCAAGCAAAACGAAUCCUGACACCUACGGUAUGGAUGGAGGGAGCGCUAAAAGAAAAGAGAAAUUAUAACAGAGCACAAAAGUGCAUAGUACUAAUUAAUGGAGAGAGAAUAUUUUUAAUUGUAUAUUUGCUGUCUCGAGAGACAGCAAAAUGGUUUAAGGUGCAUCGUACAUCUCAAGUGCACAUGAGUGACUGAAUUGAGAAUUUAAAGUUAAUAUCAUACAAACGUACGCAUUUUCAUUUACUGCGGCAGAAAGACGCUCUUAUAUUAAUUAAUAAAUUUCAAAAAAAUGUCAUGGAGCAGGAAAUGUUUAGAUCUAUUGUGAGGAUGAGUGAGUGGAUAUUAACUAGAAAGAAUUAAUACAAACAAUCUUAGAACGUGUAGAAUUAAUCUGAAACGUACGUAAUAAAACAAAUGGACAUUUCGAUA